UCAGGCACACCAUAUAUAUAAAUCAAUUAGUUCAGUAAUGCAAAACAUCAAAAUCUCUUAAUUUCAUCCUCUCCCAUAGGCAAUAGCAAUAUUCAUCCUUACUUGUCUCAAUUGAGUCCAAAAAUGUAUUUUGCAAUCACAAUGCUCCUCCUCCUAUUAACAUACAUAUCUAUAAACUUUAUUUCCCUCAUUGGUAGAACCAAAAAACAAAAUUACAAUCUUCCACCAGGACCUUCACCUCUUGCAAUUAUGCUAAACGUUUUUGAAUUAGGAAAAAAACCACAACAAUCAUUAGCCAAAUUCUCAAAAAUAUAUGGUCCAAUAAUGCAUAUGAAGCUAGGGCAAAUAACUACCAUUAUAAUUUCUUCAGCAGAAGUAGCACAAGAAGUUCUACAAACACAUGAUCUCUUACUCUCAAACAGAACAGUCCCUCAAGCUGUUACAGUUUUCAAUCAUGAUCAUUUUAGCUUACCCUUUAUGCCGGUUUGCGAUCUUUGGAGAGACCUAAGAAAAAUAUGCAAAAACCAUUUGUUUUCUAGCAAAACUCUUGAUGCUAGCCAUGCACUUAGGUGUAAGAAGCUUCAAGAGCUUUUAUGUGAUAUUCAUAGAAUUAGCUUAAUUGGUGAAGCUGUUGAUGUUGGAAAAGCUGUUUUUAAAACUUCAUUGAAUUUUUUGUCAAACACAUUUUUUUCUAUGGACUUUGUUAACUCUGCAGGAGAAACUGAUGAAUAUAAAGGUAUAAUUGAAAAUCUUGUGAGAGCAAUAGGAACUCCAAACUUGGUUGAUUUUUUCCCUAUUUUAAAGAUGGUUGAUCCACAAGGUAUAAGAGGAGUUUCAGCAGCUUAUGUUGAAAAAUUGUUCCAUAUCCUUGAUUCUUAUAUUAGCAAGAGAUUGAAGUUAAGAGAAGGGAAAGAUUAUGUCACAAAUAAUGACAUGUUAGACAAUUUGCUCAACAUCUCUCAAGAGAAUGGCCAAAAGAUGGACAACACAAAGAUUAAACAUUUGUUUCUUGAUUUAUUUGUUGCGGGGACUGAUACAACUUCCUACACAAUAGAAAAGGCAAUGGCUGAACUAAUCCACAACCCUAAUGCAAUGUCAAAACUCAAAGAAGAGCUUCAACAAAUAAUUGGUAUAGGAAAUCCAAUUGAUGAAUCAGACAUUACUAGACUCCCAUAUUUGCAAGCAGUAGUAAAAGAAACGUUACGUUUGCAUCCAUCAGCUCCACUUUUGCUACCAAGAAAAGCCAAAAUAGAUGUAAAAAUUAAAGGAUACAUAAUCCCACAAGGUGCACAAAUUCUAAUUAAUGAAUGGGCUAUGGGAAGAAACCCUAAUAUUUGGGAUAAUCCAACUUUGUUUUCACCAGAAAGGUUUUUGGGGUCAGAAAUUAAUUUCAAGGGCCAACAUUAUCAAUUCAUACCAUUUGGUAGUGGGAGAAGAAUAUGUCCUGGAAUGCCACUUGCUAUUAGAAUGUUGCAUACAAUGUUAGGAUCAUUGAUUAAUUCCUUUGAUUGGAAACUGGAAAAUGGAGAUAGAGAUAUUGAUCAACCCUUGCAAGCAAUUCCAAUUAGAGUAAAUAAGGUGUAACAUACAAAUACAAUACAUUCAUACAUUAGGAUAUUUAUAUUUGUAUAAGGCACGUCCAUUGUGACCAAAAAAAGUUUGUGUGCCAUGCAUGUUUUGAAUUUAAGUUAGUUUAAGUUUUUUUGACCAAGUUACUUAAAGCUGUACCCAAGAUAUAUAUUUAUUUAUAGAAAAUACUUUUGUGUGUUGUGAGA